AUGUCGCAACCGCCUGACGGUGGCUUUUCGCUGCCGGCACCGCCAAGGUCCCCGGCUGGGAGCAACAUCACCUAUGUCGACCCCGGCACCGGCACUCCUCCGCCUCUGGGCCAGAGCUAUGGACUUGACAGCAAGGAUAAGCUCGACAACUGUGCCGAGAACAAGGGUGGAGACGCCAGCGACUCGAUCGAAGAGGGUGACGAUGGCGACGAGACGGAGAUGGAGCGCCGCCAUUCCAUCGUCCAGAACCUCGCUCGGCAGUACACCAACCACUCUAUGGGAAGAGUCAAUACCCAGGCCGCUCAGUCCAUCUUCAUCACCGACGACCCCAACUCCCCCUUGAACCCCCGCGGCGAGAAGUUCAACGCGCGCGUAUGGGCCAAGACUCUCUCGCACAUGGUGACUGAGCAGGGUGCUGGUUUCCGCCGCACCGGCCUCUGCUUCCAGAACAUGAACGUCUUUGGAUACGGCGCCGAGACCGACUACCAGAAGGACGUCGGCAACGUCUGGCUCGAGGUUCCCAGCCUGGCUCGCAAACUCCUCGGCAACCAGAGCAAGCGAAAGAUUGACAUCCUGGACAACUUUGACGGCAUCGUUCGAUCUGGCGAGAUGCUCGUGGUUCUUGGUCCUCCCGGUUCUGGUUGCUCGACCUUCCUCAAGACAAUUUCAGGCGAGACCAGCGGCAUCUACGUCGACGACAACACCUACUUCAACUACCAGGGUGUCAGCGCCGAGGAGAUGCACAAGCACCACAAGGGCGAGUGCAUCUACACCGCCGAGGUCGAUGUCCAUUUCCCAAUGCUUCCCGUCGGUGAGACCCUCACCUUUGCGUCCCGCGCGAGAUGCCCUCGAACUCUGCCCCAGGGAGUCACCGCCAACGAGUUCUGCGACCACAGGCGAGACGUUGUCAUGGCCAUGUACGGCAUCAGCCACACUGUCAACACCCGCGUUGGUAACGAGUACGUCCGCGGAGUAUCUGGUGGUGAGCGCAAGCGAGUGACCAUCGCCGAAGCCACUCUCUCCGACGCGCCGUUCCAAUGCUGGGACAACUCGACUCGAGGUCUGGACUCUGCCAACGCCAUUGAAUUCUGCAAGACGCUCCGUCUGCAGUCCGAGCUGUUCGGCCAGACCUGCGCCGUGUCCAUCUACCAGGCUCCCCAGAGCGCCUACGACCUGUUCGACAAGGCUCUCGUGCUGUACGAAGGACGCCAGAUCUUCUUCGGUCGCGCCGACGAGGCCCGCGAGUACUUCAUCAACCUCGGCUUCGAUUGCCCUGCUCGCCAGACAACCCCCGACUUCCUCACCUCGAUGACAGCCCCGACGGAGCGCAUCGUCCGCCCUGGCUUCGAGGGUCGCGCCCCGCGAACCCCCGACGAGUUUGCCGUGUGCUGGAAGCAGAGCGAGAACUACAAGGCUCUCCAGGCGGAAAUCGAGGACUACAAGAGCGCACACGCUCUGGACGGACCCGACGCCGAGGCGUUCCGUGAGCACAAGAAGUCCUCCCAAGCUCGAGGCCAGCGUCUCAAGUCGCCCUUCACUCUCUCGUACGGUCAACAAGUCAUGCUCUGCCUGUGGCGCGGUUGGAAGCGCCUUAUGGGAGAUCCGUCUCUCACCGUGUUCAUGCUGCUCGCCAAUUCUGGUAUGGGCCUCAUCGUUUCGUCUCUGUUUUACAACAUGCAACCUACCACCGGAUCAUUCUACCAGCGUACCGCUGCCCUGUUCGUGGCAAUCUUGACCAACGCAUUUGCCAGUGCCCUCGAAAUUCUGACCCAGUACGCCCAACGCCCGAUUGUGGAAAAACACGUCCGCUACGCCUUCUAUCAUCCAUCUGCCGAAGCUUUCGCUUCUAUUUUGGUCGAUAUGCCGUACAAAAUCGCCAAUACCAUCCUCUACGACUUGAUCUUGUAUUUCAUGACGAAUCUGAACCGAGAGGCUGGAAACUUCUUUUACUUCCUUCUCAUCACGUUCUGUAUGGUUUUGGCCAUGUCCGGCAUCUUCCGUACAAUUGCAUCGGUAUCACGCACUCUAUCACAGGCCAUGGUUCCAGCCUCGAUUCUCAUCCUCGCCCUCGUUAUCUUCGCCGGUUUUGCUAUUCCAGUCGACUACAUGCUUGGAUGGUGCCGCUGGAUCAACUACCUCGACCCCGUUGCGUACGGAUUCGAGGCACUGAUAAUUAACGAGUUCCACGGACGAAACUUCACCUGCGAUGUCUUCGUACCCAGCUCUCUCAUCGACGGAUACGCCAAUGUUGGAGCGGAAAACCGCGCUUGCAGUACCGUUGGUUCUGUUGCAGGUCAGGGUUUUGUCGAUGGAGAUGUCUACAUGCAGACGGCAUUCAAGUACUACCACAGCCAUAAGUGGCGCAACUUUGGUAUCCUCGUCGCUUUCGUCAUCUUCUUCCACUUCACUUACAUCGUCGCCACCGAGUACAUCGCAGCCAAGAAGUCCAAGGGCGAAGUCCUGAUCUUCCGACGUGGGGACCAGCACAACGCCGCCUCCAAGAUGAGCAGUGAUGUCGAAUCGUCUCUCUCGCGACCCAUCGCCGUCGCCGAAAAGUCAAGCGGAAACACUUCCGACGAUGGUAACAUUCAAGGCUCAACCAGCGUCUUCCAUUGGAACGAUGUGUGCUACGAUAUCAAGAUCAAGAACGAACCUCGCCGAAUUCUGGACCACGUUGACGGCUGGGUUAAGCCGGGUACUCUGACUGCUCUUAUGGGUGUUUCUGGAGCCGGAAAGACCACGCUUCUCGACUGCUUGGCUGACCGUGUCUCGAUGGGUGUCAUCACCGGAGAGAUGCUUGUCGACGGAAAGAUUCGCGAUUCUUCCUUCCAACGCAAAACCGGAUACGUUCAGCAACAGGAUCUCCACCUCGAAACGAGCACGGUACGAGAGGCCUUGACCUUUAGCGCCCUGCUUCGACAGCCCGAUACGACGCCCCGAGCCGAGAAGAUUGCCUACGUCGAUGAAGUUAUCAAGCUCCUGGAUAUGCAAGAAUAUGCCGAUGCCGUUGUUGGUAUUCUUGGUGAGGGUCUUAAUGUUGAACAGCGAAAGCGCCUGACUAUCGGCGUUGAGCUGGCUGCUAAGCCUCCUCUGCUGCUCUUCGUUGAUGAACCUACCUCCGGUCUUGACUCUCAGACAUCCUGGGCUAUUCUCGAUCUCCUUGAAAAGCUCUCCAAGGCCGGCCAGUCUAUUCUUUGCACCAUCCAUCAGCCGUCAGCCAUGCUCUUCCAGCGCUUCGACCGACUCCUCUUCCUCGCUAAGGGAGGUCGCACUGUCUACUUUGGCGACAUCGGCAAGAACUCUGAGACCAUGGUAGAGUAUUUCCAGAAGCACGGCGCGCCUCACUGUCCUGCCGAGGAGAACCCUGCCGAAUGGAUGCUUGGAGCCAUUGGCGCCGCCCCCGGCUCUACCACUGAUCACGAUUGGCAUCAAGUCUGGCGCGACAGCAGCGAAUAUCAGGCCGUGCAGACCGAGCUCCAGCGUCUCAAGACCGAGGGAGCGGCCAACACAGCUGUGGAUGAACAUGCCGGUGCAUACAACGAGUUUGCCACACCUCUCUGGGACCAGCUGUUGAUCGUCACCCGCCGUGUCUUUGAGCAGUACUGGAGAACCCCGUCGUACCUUUACUCCAAGUUCAUCCUCUGUUGCUCUGUCUCCCUGUUCAUCGGUCUGGUCUUCCUGAACGCCCCGCUGAGUAUGCAAGGCUUGCAGAAUCAGAUGUUCGCCAUCUUCAACAUCCUCAGCAUUUUCGGUCAGUUGGUGCAGCAGCAGAUGCCGCAUUUCGUCACUCAACGAGCACUCUACGAGGUUCGCGAACGUCCAUCAAAGACCUACAGCUGGAAGGUCUUUAUGCUCUCGCAGGUCAUCACCGAGAUUCCGUGGAACUCGCUCAUGUCGGUCUUCAUGUUCAUCUGCGUCUACUAUCCUGUCGGUUUCGAUAAGAAUGCCUCCGACGCCGGCCAGACUGCUGAGCGCGGUGCUCUGAUGUGGCUUUUGUUCUGGCAGUUCAUGAUCUUCACCUGCACCUUCGCCCACGCAUGUAUCGCCAUCACAGACACCGCAGAGGCCGGCGGAAACCUGGCCAACAUUCUCUUCAUGAUGUGCCUGCUUUUCUGUGGUGUGCUCGCUUCUCCCGAUAGCAUGCCUGGAUUCUGGAUCUUCCUGUACCGCAUGUCACCAUUUAGUUACUUGGUAUCCGCUAUGCUGGCCGUGGGCCUGGCAAAUACCGACGUGACAUGCGCCGCCAACGAGCUGGUCAAGUUCAAGCCCCUCGACGGCCAGACCUGUGGGGAGUACAUGAGCUCGUACAUUAACCAGACCGGAGGCUACCUCCAGGAUGAGAUGAGCACCACGACCUGCAGCUACUGCACCAUGUCCAGCACGAACACUUAUUUGACCGCCCUGACCUCCGAGUAUGGUGACAGGUGGCGCAACUUUGGCAUUGGUAUGGUUUAUAUCAUUUUCAACAUUGCCGCCUCCCUGGCUCUCUACUGGCUGGUCCGCAUGCCCAAGGGCAAGAAGCAGGUAUAG